UCUAAGGAGGAAAUGACCCUGGUAAUGGAAAACAGCUGUUCUUCUUUUCAGCUGAAAAUGACGAAGAUGGCUGCUGUCUCUGCCAUCCUUUUGUCCCUGCUCUGCUGCCUCAUUGCUUUCAUAGGUGGGUGCUUGGCUCGGGUGGUGACGGUGUCUCCUGGUCCUUUAAUCCGGGUGGAGGGUCAGCCAGUCUCUAUCACGUGUGAUGUCAAGGACUACUCGGGACCUCCUGAGCAGGAUUUCGAGUGGAUGAUGUCCAGGGAGGCGACCGGGGCGCAGAAAAAGAUGAUUUCCACCUUUGACACCGGGUACCCCGACCCGUUGUUUAGCAAGCGUGUCGCAUCCGGUGACAUCGCGGUAGAGCGGCUCCAGGAUGACGAGGUGGAGCUGAAGAUAGCGGAGGUGAAGUCGUCUGAUGCUGGGUUCUACUGGUGUCAAACGCCGAGUACAGACUCCUCCUUCAGUGGCAACUACGAGGCUCAGGUCAAACUCACAGUCAUCCCCAACACCCUCAGGGUCUCCUCCCAGACCCCGCCCCCAGUCGUCCCAGAAGGAAGUGACAUGACGCUCUCCUGCAACAUCACCCGGCAACUCACCCACCCCACCUACCUGUCCGUCACCUGGUCGGUGAAGAAGGGAACAAUGUUGGAGGAAAUUUUGACAUUUGGCCCUCAGGGAGAUGUAGUCACAGGGCCGAAGUACGACCGGCGCUACGCCGACGGAGGCAUUCGAUUGGUUCCUGGGAAGGAUGGAUUGUUUGAAUUGGUGAUUUCCAGAGUGACAUCGUCUGACGAAGGGAUUUAUGAAUGCAACGGGACGGAAUGGACGCAUGAAAAUGGCAAAUGGAUAAAAAUCGUGGAGAGCACAAAAGAGAUGGGCACUGUUGCUGUUACUCCUACAGGUCGGUCCCUCAGUGUGAAUGUUUCAUCCUCCUCCUUCCCCUCAUCCACGGUUCUCCUCCUCUCCCCCGGUAACACGCUGACCCUCCUCUGCUCCGUCGGCGCCGACAACCUGCCCACCCUAUCCCUGGAAGUGACCUGGAUGGCUGACGGCCAUGAGAUCAUCACCAUGGAGCACAGCGGGGUGGUGAUCUCAAACCCUACCUUGAGCAGCUCGCAAGGAAAACGAGGGCAGGCAACCUUGGAGCGGACGGGAGCUGGAGAAUACAGGCUGGGGGUGAGGGAGGUGAGUCGGGAGGACGGAGGGGCGUACACCUGCCGCAUCCGAGCCUUCAUUGAGAAAGGAGGAAGGAGGUGGUACAUGGCGGCCGAGAAAACUUCCAGCCCUCUGACUGUGAAUGUGUCGCAGAUCAUGGCAAUAAUUCCCCCUGCAACCUCAUCAAAUCAGACAGCUUUGUUGACCAUUGCUGCGGCUCUCUCUUUGGAUGUGCUGCUUUUGCUGCUGAUGCUCACCACAUAUUUUGUGUACACACGAUUCGCAUGUUGUAAGAAUACAAGGACAGGAGCAUGAAGGAAAAGCAAAGAAGAGGAAAAGAAGUAAGAGAGACGUACCAAAAAGCAAUGUUUCCACUAGUUUACUUAUGCUAGUGUUAUAAAAUAACAGUAUCCACAUUUAUCUUUUAAUUUGUUAUCUAAAGUAAUAGAUAAUUCUGCAUAUUCUGGUAUUUUUCUCUUAUAACAGCCAGAAUAUCAGGUGUACCCUCGACAUUGUAGGGAUUGUGGCUGCUGGACUGGCCGUUAAACUUGAGACCUUAGCAUUAGCUAACUAGCAUCAAACAUGGCUGCAACCAGAGAAGAAAAGAAGCAAUAGAGUCAUCUUUUGCUGGCAAAAUUCAUGGCAUUUUAAUCACUUCAAAAAUGAUAUAGUAUUUUCGACAGUGCUGCGUUGUUCUUAUCUUUUCUCAUUUCAGUUCUCAUAUAUUUCAUUUAAUUUCAGUAAAGACCUGAGACCUACACUUAGCUUUAAGAUAACGUGUUGGUUAAGCUAAUCUUUGUUAAUCUUAAAUAUUAAGUUUCCAUCCAUCCUAAAUUGAGCUUAUUGUUUCCUCCAUUUUUUUCCGAAUCUUGGACACACUUGUUUGGGGAUGAUGAUUAUUAUCUUUUGUAUUUUUUUUUUUCUCGGUUGUUUGUUUUUGUUUAUCUGAAAGUUCACUGAGUAAGAAACCUGGAUUUGGUUUAUGUAACAAAGUAGACCUAACCAUCGGUGGACACUAAGUACCGCUACAUAUGGGGUAUUGUAAAUUGGCUCCCGGCUGACUAGAAAAUUAAAAUGAUGUCACUUUUAUUUAAGCAAAAUACAUUUAAAAAAAAUAUUUUUUUGUAGCUAAUGGAGUAUUUAUGGAGUAUCAUACUGUACUAUCGCCACUUUUCAUCAAGUACAGAUCAGAAUCCUCAGUUAUCCCGUUUCUGUGCAAGUAAUCCAGCUUGCAUGUAUUGUUCUAAUAGUCCAGCUGGGUACUUCUUAUUUCUACUGGUACUUGUGUGUACGUACACAUAUUUAAUGUCUUUCAUUUCGUUGCUGAUGAUAUCUCACUCUAACUUUAAAUAACAGGAAAUUCACCCUCAAGCUUUAGUUGAAUUGUGUCACAAAUGAUUUAACUGAGAUGAACGGUUGUGUAUCAGAUCACAAUCCUAGUUGGUUUUUGCCUUCGUUGUUAUGACUGUAUUUUCUUGUGUAAUGCAACUUUGCUCAUCACUGCACCAAUUUAUUUGUGUUGGGUAAUGUGGCCUGUUUUUUAAAGACUGAAGAAGAUACUCAAGAUGUGCAUUUGUUAUAAGAUAUUUUUCAUAAUUGUAAUAUCCCUUUUUAAUUUUUGCACUUUACAUUACAAUACAUUGCUUAUGUGCCACUGGUGUGGCACAUGUAUUACUCCAUUUCAUGCAUUGUUUGAUAUGCUUAUUCUGAUAUUAAUUGUCUCUCAACUCAAAGUGCCACAUGUGACACUCUCAUUAUUGCAUUUCUUUCUCGCAGUUUUUGUGUAAUUUGUAAAAUAAUAAUUUAAAAAACAAUUUGCUGGGAAAAUGUAACACAAAUUGUGUUAACUCCAAUGUUAUAGCUCAAAUUAAGCAAUUUUGCCAAAAAAUAUAAAUAUGCUCAAUUGUACUUUGAGUUAAUAAAAUGAAAUGGGGACAUUUUUAAAACUUGGCCAAGUGGAAAACCUUGCUCUCAAAGACACAUAUACAGAUCAAUGUGUCACUUAGUGCUCAACACUUGCCUAAAAAAUAAUCUAAAUGUGGUAUUCUGUCUUGCCCACAUUUCCUUCCUGAGUAAAAGAUAAAGAUGUUUAUGGUAAUGUUAUGUUCAUGUUAGAUAAUUGGUGUGAGAGCUCUGUUAAAACUUCCAAGUUCUUAUUCAGUGAAUUGCAACGCCAUUGAGCUUCUUAAUACUUUAUUAUGCAUUUCAUUUCAGCUCGUCUGCAUUUUCUCUAAUGUUUUCCAAGUUUUUGUGAAUUUCAGCUCUUUUAUGCAAUUGAAUUAAAGUCUUUUGCAUUUCCUGCA